CUUUUUCUGCGAGACCGCAGUUUCCUCUCAGAAACAGCUGCGGCUGCUAACAGAGGUGGCUGUUGGGAGAGAGACAGAGGGAGGCAACGCCGCCUGGUCCCGCCCUCGCAUUUUCCUGCUUAACUCAACCUGGAGUGUUGGCACCUAUUUCCUCCCUGCGUUCUCCUUGUACUAUACAGGGAAGUCAGUCACUCCGGACUCUCUGGACGUCCAGGCUGGGUGGAAUAAGGGGUCUGGGUAGAACAGGGGGCUCUGCCCUCUACGGUGACUUUCUAAAAGGUACCACUAGUGUUUUUUGACAGUGCAGCGCCCUAGGGUGGGCGGCGGAGAGGAGGCUUCGGUUACUAAACCGCUUAAUUCUUUUUAUUCUGGUGAUUGGAUUUGUUUCCCCGGCCUCCUCCCCUGCCCCAUCUCCCUCCCCUCCUUUAGCGAGCUGACACAGGCAGCCCCUGCUCGCUUGUGUUCGAUGUUGGAACACGCACCUUCUCGGCGGUGACUGUGCCCAGCGUACUGGGGACAGGGGGACAGCGGCGGUUUCCCUUCCUCCCAGCCGACGAUGCCCAGAGGGGCAGCGGUUGGGCUGCGUGGGGCUCGGCCCUCAGCACUUCGAGGCGGGAUUGAGGGUCUGCAGCUGGCUAGGAGUUGCUGUUAAUUGGACUUGGCGCCAAGUCUCCGAGACGGCAUCAGCUGGGACCUAUCUGCUAAAAGCGGGAACAGGGCCGCCUGACGGAGGAACUCCAGCGUCUCGCGGGCGGAAGACUGCGGAGCUCAGAGCCUCUCCUCCUUCCUGCCCCGAACCUCCCCAGCAACUCUCGCACAACGGAGACCCGGGACCUACGAGAGCCAGGAAACUGGAGAAGUACGUGGCGGAGGCUGCUUUUCUGAAGGUGAACUGUUCCGUCCAAUUGCCUUUCCCCAGAGAGCAAAAAGGGAGGGCGGGGGAAAAGGAACCGAGUAUGCGUGAGUGUGUGUAUGUGUGAGAGGCAGAGACGACGUGUGGCAGGAGGAAGUCUUUACUCGGCGUUCAAAGCAAACAGAGAUGGAGUAAGAGCGGUAACUGCUGCAAGACCGCCUUGACUCUCGCAUUGUGAGGAGCUGAGCGCACCGCGCGCAUCCGGCGAGGACCGCUGGCGAACGUGGGCGCUGGCGAGGGCUGCGGGACUUCGGCGUUUCCCCUGUAAACAAAUCUUUUGAUUACUUUGACUUGUGAAAAACGAGAGGAGGAAAGAAACGAGGCUCCCGCACGCCACCUUCCACCCACUUUAAGGGGAUUCCAGUUUGGAUGUCUAGAGAUUCCUGAACCCUCUUUGCUCUCGGAGGAGGAAACACACGCGCGCGCGCGCACACAAGCACGCUCGGGGCCACACUCACACGCCCUCCACGAGCACACACCACCAGACUUCGGUUCCCUAUGCCCCAGAACGGUGACGGCGGAUUGGCAUCUUGGAAGCGAUGCAAGAGCGAUAAGGCUGGCGCGGGCCCGCGGAAGCUGCAGGAGCAUCGCUAGGUGUUGCCGCCACCAGGAAGCCGGGCUGCAGUGUGCCGUAUGGUUUGUGUCCUAAGCUGACUUCCACCCUUUAUCAAGGAGAAGAAUAACUCAAUGCACCCCACCUAUAUAUCUCCAAGCAGUAAUACCAAAGGUAUUUCUCCAAGCAGUAUUACCAAAGAAGAGCCUUAUUGCUUCAUGGAGAAAUGAUAAACAUGAACAGGAGAUGGGAUGAAGAGGCACUCUAUAGUUUUGCUUUGGGAUGAGUAAGAGAUACUUACAGAAAGCAACAAAAGGAAAACUGCUAAUAAUAAUAUUUAUUGUAACCUUGUGGGGGAAAGUUGUGUCCAGUGCAAACCAUCAUAAAGUUCACCAUGUUAAAACGGGCACUUGCGAGGUGGUGGCACUCCACAGAUGUUGUAAUAAGAACAAGAUAGAAGAACGGUCACAAACAGUCAAGUGCUCCUGCUUCCCUGGGCAGGUGGCAGGUACCACACGAGCUGCUCCAUCUUGUGUGGAUGCUUCAAUAGUGGAACAGAAAUGGUGGUGCCAUAUGCAACCAUGUCUUGAGGGAGAGGAAUGUAAAGUUCUUCCAGAUCGGAAAGGAUGGAGCUGUUCCUCUGGGAAUAAAGUGAAAACAACUAGGGUAACCCAUUAACAAAGGAUAAAUCAAGUGAUCCUCAAGGCUGGUUACAUUGAACAUCAGCAUAGAAACAUAACUCAUGAGGUGAUCUUGAAGGAAAAUUUUUAUACAGCUCACAAGAGGCACUCUGGAGUGUAUUAUUUCCAGGGGAUUUCAUGGCUUGUAAUCAGCUUCUUCUUGGAAUCAAGACUUUUUAAAAGUCCAACAUGAACUUCUGUAUCAUGAAGAUUUCAUCAGAUUUGAACUGUGUUCAACUUGUAUAAUUGCACUUGCAAAAAGGAUUUGAAGUUACUGUCUGAAGAGUUGGCGUUGCCGGAUGGUGUCAGAGACACUUACCUUUUGUGCUCUUGGCUGCAAAUGUGACUGCUUUUCUUGUUUCUGAAAGUCUCCCAAGUGCACUGGCCUUCUGUCAUGGACCUGUUCCUGAGUCCUGUGUUCAGUGGCUAGGACUGCACAUGGCUUCAGUGACUUUUCCUUUGCGAAAUUCUCCUCUGGCAUGGUGUAGACUGAGACAAUUUAUUUGUAUCCUAAUCUUGAAGCUCUGAAAGCCUACAUGUUUUAACAUCUUAAAGUUGCUUUUGUUGAAGAAAUGGAAAUAUAUAUCCAUUGAUAAUAAUUAUUCUUGGCAAGUAAAGUUAUCUGAAUACAUCAAUCAUAUAAGAAUGUAUAGACAAGCUGACAUGUCUCCCCAAGGCUAACACACUGCUGCAGCUCUCUGUCAGUAAAAUAGGUAGUAGUUAGAACUGAAUUACCAUUUUCAUUAUAUACUCCUGUUUGGUACCUCUAGAGUACUCUCCCUUUCAGGUUUUUUUUUUGUUUUUCUUUUUAAAGUGGGCUUUUUCUUUCAUUUUUAUCUUUACUUUUUCCCUUCACAGAAAUUAGCAGUGAGCAGUCAAGUAUUUAGGUAACCUUCAGUUUCAAAAAAUUGCCAAGGAUGCACGUGGGUUUUGAUUUCUUAGCUUGAAAGUUAUUCACUUAGAUUUCUUCUAGUAUUUUUUUAAACUGUCCUUUCUAUCUCAUUUUAAAAAGGCUGUCUCUUGCUCUAUCCCAAUGACUGUUUGAAUGCCUAUCUAUUUGUUUAUUCAGUCUGUUGGUAGAAUAAAUUGUUCUUUUCCUUGGUCUAAAUUUUAUAAAUAUUUGCUUACAGUUGUCCCGUUCAAACAAUUUCUUUAGUCAGUCUUUGUCCACGUUUUCGUAGUACUUUUAACAUUUGUGGUUUUCAGUUCUACAGGAAAAUCUUAUAAAUAUUUCAAGGCCUUAAACAUGUAUGUACUUGUUUUUCUAAGUUACUCGCAGAAUGUAUAAUUUUAUACUACAUCUGCUUUGUUUCAUUUGUGAUGCGGAGGGAGAGAAGAAUGGAAAUUGCAUAGCCAUUCUGGAUAUUGUAUAAAGGUAUAGUUUGAAAGAAUGUAAAGGGGGAGGAGCUUCUAUGUUUUACUCAUCUUAGACUAAUAGGAAGCUACUUCAGAAAUUGUCUUAUUAGAAGUUCCAUUAUGUUAGAGAAGGUGUGGACAUCUUUUGUUUUUUAAAACUCACUGACAUGGCCAAUUAGGUAUAUGUUGAUUUCCAUGAUGGAGGCUGACAUACAGACCAAAGCUCUCCAGGCUAAAUUGGUAACAACUUUCAAAGACCAAGGCAUUACCCAGAAUCUUUUCUCGGCAGAAUGACUAAAAGUGUAAAAUUUGUUAAACGUUAAAUUUGUAAAGUAUGCUUUUGAUAUUGAACUAGAGUAAACUAUACUGCACCGUAAGUCCAUGGAAUGGAAUGACUUUCUCCUUCCAUUUUAAUUAUGCAUAUACAACUAGAUGGCUCUGAGUGAAUUUUUGCAAUGGUUCAAGACUGUCUCAACUCAUAAAGAAAGGAGUAACAGUUGUGCUGGAGUUUCUGCAUCAGUAAUAAUAUCAUUAAUUUCUUUGGAACAAAGUGGAAAACUAUAUUAUUUUGGAAAUUAUGAAUUUGUCCUAGGUUUGAAAUUAUAGAUCAUGCCUCUCAUUUUUUAAACUAUGUCCCUUAAAACAACACUGGAAAUUCUGUAUUAUAUUCAAGUGUAAUACAUGCAUAUCAAUAGAAAAAAAUAAAUGGAAUUUCAGAUAUAUUAACUAGAUUAUCCCCAGUAGAUUAAUGUUGUGACUCUUCAGAAAAGGCAAAUAAAAUUGGA